AUGAACAUCACUGUUGAUCCAGAAAGUACCUCUGCUAAACUGGUUCUAAAUGUAGGAGAAGUCACUCUUGGGAUAGAAAGUAGGAAGAAAAUGGAGAAAAGGCAUAGGAUACAACAGAAUACAAACAUUUUAAGGGCUGUGUGUGCUCUGCUGAAUUCUAGAGGGGGCGUGGUCAAGGCUCAUAUUGAAAAUGAAGGCUAUAACAUCACCCAACAUGGAAUAGGAGAAGAUUUAGAUACUUCUUUUAUGACUAUUCUGCCACUUGUUCAGAACUGCUUAGAAUUCAAGCAGGAAGGAUGCUCUCUUAUCAUCUCUGUGGAAUCAAGGAGUCUGGAUAUCUCUGAUUUGCACCCUAUCACCAUUGCCACCAAUUUGUACAUGAGAAAUGGGGCCUCCUGUAUUAAAAUGGACUUGCGUACUGCUCUGCAAUUCUUCAAAGACAUAGACAACCCUAGAGUAAGAUCUCCAAAAAAACCAAGGUUGCUGGAUGAAAGGCCUGGUGAGAACAUGCAAGAAGAACUCCGUGUGCAAGAAGAUCUCCACUUGCAAGAGCAGGCUGCUGCUUUUUUUGACCAGACAGAACUCACAAAAAUGACAGAAUUCUCCUUUAGUGAAUCAAAAAAUGUUGAAUAUAAAUCAUUUGAAACAAAUAAGUUGGUACAACGAGUUAAAGAGGUUCUCCCUCGAACUGUUUCUGCAUUUGCCAACACUGACGGAGGAUAUUUGUUCAUUGGUUUGGAUGAAAAAAAAAAGCAAAUUACUGGUUUUAAAGCAGAUGAGAACAAACUUAGUGGGCUAAAGUGUGAAAUAGAAGAGUGCAUCCAACAGCUGCCUGUCACUCACUUCUGUGAGGAGAAGCAGGAGAUAAAGUACACAUGCAAAUUUAUCCCAGUCAGCAAAUCAGAAGAUGAGUGUUUCUAUGUCUGUGCACUCAGAGUGGAGAGAUUCUGCUGUGCUGUGUUUGCUGCAGAGCCUGAUUCCUGGCACGUGGAAGACAGCUGUGUGAAGAGGUUUACCUUAAAGAAAUGGGUCAAGGUCCUGAUGGAUAGCAUGCCAGGGUCAGGAAGGGAAAUUAGCAAUUAG